AUGCACAUAUUCGGACGCAAACCGCUCAAAGAACUCAAGGCAUGCAAGAGCCCAACUCACGGCCUGCUCUUCUCCGAAGGCGGCCAGUUUCUCAUCACAGGAAGUAACGACGAGUGUGUGCGAGUGUGGGACAUGUCCAAGUCCUCCGCACUAUGCAUCCAGACAAUCCGACACCCCCAGGAGAAAUGGGGUCAAAUAACGUCUCUCAUCUGGGCUCAUCUUCCCGCACCCGUACAUGGCGGCAUGCUAUCCACCACUGCACUCUCUACCACUGCCGCUUUUGCGUUUGAUCAUCCCGUCGAAAGCAUGGCAUACGACAAACACCAUCAGCGACUGAUCGCUGCAAGUCAGUUUGGUGUCAUCAAAGCCUACACCCUCACGAGCUCAAGUAACGCACAGCUUCUAUGGCAAGUGCCUUCUUUAAACGCAAUGCCCAAGGACCUUGCUUUCUUUGGUGACGAUAAGGUCGUCGCUUUCUUGUUGCAGAGUGGCGAGAUGGUUUGCUUGAGUGUGGCAACCGGAAUUAUUCAAUGGCGUAAGAAGCUCUUGGGUGCCAUCGGACAUGCGACUCUCUCCCGCGACUCCACCAAGUUGUUGGUAAACAACUUAUCAACAAACAACUUCGAGCUUUAUGCAUUUCCCGAAGACACACUCACACGACAAUUCGCCAUUCCGGACAAGGGUACUCGACACAAGAUUAAGCAAGGGGUGUUUGCAGGCGAUAACGAUGAGUUCGUUAUCUGUGGCAGUCUCCAUGGUAAAAUAUAUGUGUUCAACGCGGAAACUGGUGCCUGCAUUGAGGAGCUUCAACACAAUCGAAGUAUGUAA